AAAAGUUUUUAGAUGAAAAAAACACUAAUUUCAUUAAAUCUAAAGAUUUAAAUGUCAUUGUCAAGAACAAGCGAUUUAAUUUAAAGAAUGCUCCAAAUUUAAUAGUAACAAAACAUAGUCUAGCAGAUUUUUACGAAGAAGAUAUUAACGAGACAGAAAUUGAGGCUAUUUUAUCUUCUAAUAAUCCAAAAAAUAUUUUUAUUCAUAAAGACACUCUGAAAAUAACCAAUUUUGGAGCCAUCACCAUAUUCAGGCAAAAGGAUUAUUUAGAAAGAAUUCCAUAUAUAGAUCCUCAGGAAUUGAAAAACUACGAUGAACAAUUCAAUUAUUCUCAAAGCUGCGCUCAAAAAUCAAUCACUCAAAAAUCAAAUAUUUAUAGUUUUGGAGUAUUGCUCUGGCAAAUUUCCAGUGGAAAAACACCUUAUGCAAGUAUACCAUAUGGUAUAAGGGUCGCAAGAAUUAUUAGUGGUAUAAGAGAAGAGGCUAUUCAUAAGACCCCCCAAAAAUACUUUGAAUUAUAUCAGAAAUGUUGGGAAGAUGAUCCAGAUUGCUCAAAGGCACUACAAAUUCUUAAAACAGCAAAUAUAAACGAUGUCAUAGAAAACGAUUACCAAAUGCCUAAAGUUGUUGAUACGAAUUUUAAUGAUUUUGAUAUUAUAGAUGAAGAUCUUCAAAUUAAUAAAGACAUUUCAAGUUAUGAAGCUGAGAUUUAUGAUUUAACCAUACAAGGGAUUGAUAAGGAAUUGCUUUUACAACGUUGGAAUUUAUAUAAAGGACUAAAUAUUCAUAGAAAUGACUUAAUUCCUGGGGAACAGGUUCUUUCAGUAGAUGGCAUGAUAAGAUAUAUAAAAAAGAAUGAAAUUAUUCACAUUUAUACAAACCGAAAUAGAGUUAAUUUAGCAAACUUGUUAUUAAGUAGAAGUAAUGUAUCUUCUAAUAAAGAUGCGGAAGAGAUCAGCAUUCGUUUGCAUAUUCCUCUUAUUCAAGUUGAAUAUAUAAAUUCUAAGGCUACCGAUAAAUUUAUUGAAAUAAUCAAGGAAGCACUAAAUGAGAAAGAUCAAGAAUCCAUUAGUAAGGCCCUUGACAAUGUUUUUAAGAAAUAUGGUGAAUUUAUAGCUCAGAGCGUUGACAUUGGUGGUGCACUUAUAGUCCAACCAAUAUCACACGAAUCGCUUUCGCAAGAAGACAUGGAGAAUCUGAAAGCUCAUAUAUACUGGACUUAUGAUCAAAUUAUGACAGGGAAUCCUAAUGUAUUUGAUCAAGUUCAAUUUAACAAUUUUAAAAUGAUGGAUGCGAACAAUCAAAAGAUUAUUUCUGAAUACGGUUUAGAGGCCUGGAUGAAAAAUUUUUACGAUCAUAAGGAAGGAUAUGUAAUAUCUUACAAUAGAUUUGUUCCGGUAUAUACCUUGUUUGAUCAUGAGCUUAAGCAGAAUCUACGCAAAUAUCUUGAAAAGUUUGAUGAAAAUCCUAUUAAUAAAGAGUUUAUUUCAAAUAUGAAUAACUUUGAAAAGAAGAACCUAAAUACCUGGAUUUCACGUUCGCCAAAAAUCCAUCUAUGUGAUUGGGUUAAUAAUCUACAUUUACGUUACGGAUUGACCAUUCAACCUUGUAAGAUGGGGCGUGGGCUUGAAGUUGCAAUUAAAUUUAUUGAAAUACCUGACAUUCGUCAAUAUAGUAACUCAUAUAUGCGUUUGCUACAGCCUUCCAGCAAAAGGGAGGCGUUUACUUUAGCAAAUUGUAUUAAAUUGGACAAUGUUGAUGUUCCGUUUUUGCCUGAAAAGUUGAUAGAUGAUAGUUUCCAUCCUAUAUUUGAUCACAAACAAAAUUUUGAAGUUCAUUGCUUUUUUGUUUUAGAACAAAUUGAAUUGGCUAUUAAUAUGGAUAAAAUUGAACCUUCGGAGUUUCUUAUUGAGGCAGUAGAUAAAGCAAUGAGGGAUGAUUUUCCAUUUCAUAGUCUACAAAAUGUUUUUAAUAAAUUUGGAUACCUUUGGCCUCAAAAGAUAAUUCUUGGUUGGUCUGCAUCGAGGAUUUAUGGUUCAAUCAGGAAAGUUGAAGAAGAUUAUCUUUCCUUGAAAAGGAAAGAUAAAUAUGCAAUACAACCAUUAAUUAUGGAAAAACUAAAGGAGUGGAGAGAUUUAAUAGGAAAGUCAGAUGAAUGUACUUUCUUCAUGGACUCCAAUGGUAAAAUUGUGAAGGACUGUGACAUAUAUUUGCAAUUACAAAGCUUUGAAGAUCCCUACACAUAUCCCGAAGAAUAUCAUAAAUUAUAUUCGCAGCUACAAGUAGUGAAGCUUGAAGAUUUGGUUCCUUUAUACAAAGUUUUACCAAAAACUACGCAGGAUUUUGUAGAAAAUAUAAUUUCCGAUAAUAUUCACAUUAUAAUGACUGGAGUUGCAGAAAUUAAACGAGAAAAUCAAACAUAUAUUAAUAUUCAAUUUUCGCGAUCACUUCCAGAUGAUAAUUAUGAAAUGUUCGGCAAUUUAGUCGCUAUUGAUAUGCAAAGGAUUCCAGAUGUGAUGAUACAAUUUAAUUUAACAAACCGACAUGGAUGUCGAGCUACAAUUCACAAACUUAAUAAAAGGCAUGUUUUUGUUUGA